GUCGAGAAUUCCUGUGGCAAUGGCAAUGGCGUCCACCCCUGUGAUGUUGUCCUUCUCGCAGGCUUCCAGUACUUCCGCUCUCGCUGACGUGCGAUGGCGGCAAGUUUACAACUCCGCAACCGUGGCAACGGUGGCCUCUUCUUUGACUCCGUGGUUUUGGGAGUCUCUGGUUCUUCCAUUUUCUCAUGUUUUGCAUCAGACAUAGAUGCAAUAAUAUUGCUUCUACUAUAUCAGUUGAAUCAUGGAAUGCAUCAUCAUGCCUUGUUGAAAAAAUGAAUGAAAUUGCUGGAGCUUUCAUAAAUUGGUAUACUUUAAUAUAUUUGAUUUUACAUGUCAGGUGCAAAGUUGAUGUUUAUAUGUACGGUCCUUGGGUAUAUCAAGAAGUGGAUUCCUGUCCUUGGGUGUGUCGAGAUUUCCUGUGGCAGCGGCAAUGGCAAUGGUUUCCACCCCUGUGAUGUUGUCCUUCUCGCAGGCUCCGGUUGGUGUAGUGCUGGGGACGUGUUCAGGACGGGUGCGGCACGGCUCCUCCUGGUCAUCCGUCACAUGGUCUUUCUCUGCAAACAAAAGGAAUAUGUGCAUGCAGAUGGUGUUGUACAGGGAAAUCAGCAUGCAAUGGUUUAAAAGGGGCUUUCUAUUUUUGUGUCUGCCGCUGAGGAAGAUGGAUGUCAAGCGGCUCGGUGUUGGUCUUGGUCACUGGCAUAUAGGGUGGUUCCACUGGUACAACUCUGCUCCAGAAACCUAUCAGGAGACAUCAUUUGGGCAGGAGGAGGACCAGGAGGCGGAGCCGGAGCAAGGACAAGCCUCGAAAUGAGCUGGCCGAUUUGUAGCUUGUAGAGAACUCGCUUGUGCUGUUGAGAGGGGAACUUUGUGUGGAAGUAGGAAUAUGUGCAUGCUAGUCAAGUA